AUAUUCAAAAAGCUUUUGAUAGUGUUUCCCAUGAUUUCCUAUGUUGUGUACUAAGAAAAUUCAAUUUCAGUAAUGAAUUCAUUGAUUGGAUAAAAGUAUUUUACUCCGGUAGGAAAAGUUAUGUAUCUAACUAUGGUAAUUUGACCAGACCACUUAAUAUGGAAAGAGGUAUUUUCCAAGGGUGUCCCAUAUCCCCAUAUUUAUUUUUGCUAGUUAUUGAAUCUAUGGCUCUUGCUAUUCGACAAAAUCCUAAUAUUCAAGGUAUCCCAGUUGCAGAAAAUGAACUGAAAAUUUCUUUGUUAGCAGAUGAUUCUACGUGCUUUAUUGAUGGCUCAGAUAACUCUUUUAAAUCAUUAUUCGACACUAUUGGGUUUUUUUCUGAGAGCUCUGGCUGUAAACUUAAUAUUUCAAAAUCAGAGGCAAUAUGGAUUGGUUCUUUGAAGGGUUGUCAAAGGUAUCCAUUUUGUGAGAAAGGUCUGAAGUGGAAUAAAUUUACUUUUAAGACUUUAGGCAUUCACUUUUCUUUGACCACAGAUCAUUUAUAUGACCUUAACCAUAAGAUAAAACUCAAAUCCAUUGAAAACACCCUAAAUUGUUGGCGCGCAAGAAAUUUAUCUCUGGUCGGGAAGAUCUGUGUCGUAAAGACCCUAUUGCUGCCACAAGUUCUUUAUUUUUUUUCUGUGUUGUGUAUUAAAAUACCUAAGAAAUUUUUUAGACAGUUAAAUACAAUACUGUAUAAAUUUAUAUGGAAUGGUGGCAGUGAUAGGGUCAAAAGAAGGCUCAUGUGUAAUGAUUACUCUUUGGGUGGUUUAAAAAUGAUAGAUCCAUACACAUUCUCUAUUGCUCAAAAAAUGUCAUGGGUCAAAAUGCUUCUUGAUGAUAAAUAUCAAAGCGUGUGGAAGUCCAUUGAAAUGUCUAUUUUAAAUAAUUUCAGUAGCAGAGAGGAUAUACUAUGGAAAGCAUAUGCUCCUCAAAGUAUAUUAAACAAAUUAGGUUCAUGUCAAUUAGCUGAAUCCCUUCAAACAUGGUAUAUAUUUAGAGAAAAUUUUGCUAAAACUGAGUUCGGUACAGUCUUUUCCGCAAUUGGCUCUUGUCAGUGUAUUUGGUUUAACAGAAAUAUCUGUUCAAAAUCAAAACAUUAUUUUUUAUAUGAAGAUUGGUUGGACAAAGGAAUUGUCUAUAUCAGUGAUUUACUCAACCCUCCCCACCCAGGUAAUAAACUUUUUGAAGAGCUUAUUCUGGAUUAUGAUAUUGGUAAAAAAGACAGGCGGAAAUACAAUUUUUUAUUGAGAAAUAUACCAAAUGACUUGCUAGUCACUUCUGACUUAACCCCUGACAAAAUAUUUGAUGACGUUAAAACUAAGCUCUUGAAAACUCUAAAAAUUCCAAAAUAUGCAUACAGUACAAUGCUAGAGUCAUGUUCUCCAGAACGUCAAAUCUUAUUUUGGAAUGACCUCCAAGAACCUGACGAAGUUGAUUGGGAAAAGACUCAUGUGAAUAACUUUAAAUGCACUAUAAGUACUCGUAUUCGCUCUUUCUACUUUAAGUUAUUUCAUAGAGCUAUAGGUUUGAAUGAGUUUUUGUAUAAAAUUAAAAGGAAGGUCUCCCCCAAUUGUUCAUUUUGUAAUACUGACCCUGAGACAUAUAGUCACAUUUUUGUUGAAUGUCCUAAUGUUAAGCCUAUUUGGGAUGAAACUGUUAAAGCUAUUAUUCAGAAAACUAAUAAACCUCUAAAUGUCUCAACAUUUGAAAAAAUGUUCGGUUGCGAAUCUGAUAGGUUCCUUACAUAUUUGUUUCUUUUACUUAAAUAUUAUAUUUAUAUAUGCAAAUUCCAAAGCAAACCACCAAACUUCGAAGGUUAUAAAUGCUAUAUUACGGCCAAUAAAGAACUCGAGUAUUGUAUUGCCAAAAAAAAUAACAAACUCCCUAUUCAUUUUCGGAAAUGGAGAUUUAACAUUUGAAUAUGUUACCUUUGAGCUCCUUUGCAAAUUGUAUUUUUGCUUUUAACAUGCUUUAAAAAAAAAAUACCCUGUACAAUGUACUAUGUACCAUGUUUGUUAUAUAAGUAACGCGGAAAACACCUAACAUGUCUUUUUUUAUGAAUGAAAAUCAUUUUGUCUUAUUCUUCUGGCGACAAUUCUAUGUUAACAUUUUUGUAUUGCUGCUUUUUUUUUUUUUUUUUUUUUUUUUUUUUUUUUUUUUUUUUUUUUUUUUUUUUUUUUUUUUCAAAUUGAUUUCUUUGAUUCAUGUGUUGAUUUGUAUCUUGAAAACCAAUAAAACACAUAAAAAAAAAA